AUGUCUUUAUUACGUCAAACCAUCAGACCUGCAUUAAGAACCGUCUCCAAGAGAAUUGCUCCGGUCGCCGUGCGUUUCAACUCCACCGCUGAAACCAAGGCUGCUGUCGACCCAAAGAUAUCACAAAUCGUUGACCAAAUCUCCACCUUGACCUUAUUGGAAACCUCUGCUUUGGUCACUGAAUUGAAGGAAAGAUUGAAUAUUCCAGACAUCUCAUUACCAGCCGGUGGGGCUGCGCCAGCCGCUGCUCCUGCUGCUCCAGUGGAAGAGGAGGUCAAGGAAGUUGUUGAAGAAAAGACCAUUUUCUCCAUCAAGUUGGAAUCCUUUGACGCCAAGUCCAAGCCAAAGGUCAUCAAGGAAGUCAAGGGUUUGUUGGGAUUGUCCUUAGUUGAAUCCAAGAAGUUUGUUGAAUCUGCUCCAAAGGUCUUGAAGGAAAAUGUUGCCAAGGAAGACGCUGACAAGAUCAAGGCCACCUUGGAAGGUUUGGGUGCCAAGGUCACCUUAGAGUAA